ACAGAUAUCAACAAUGGCUUCAUUACAAACAGAACCAUCAAGUAGCAAAGGAGCUUCAUCUAAGACAAGUAAAUUGGAUCGUCUAAAAAAUUUGGAGUUACGCAUGAAUGAAGCCAGAAAACUGAAUCAUAAAGAAGUAGUUGAAGAAGACAGAAGAAAGAAACUUCCAGCAAAUUUUGAGCAAAAGAGGAAAAGAAUAGAGUGGGAAGAAGAGGAAGAAAAUAAGAGAAAGGAGGCAGAAGCAAAAGGAGAAGAAUAUGACAGAGUAAAAUUAUUGGAAAUUGGAGCUGAUGAGGCAGAAAAAUGGGAACGAAAAAAGAAAAAGAAGAAUCCAGACCCAGGAUUUUCUGGAUAUGAAGCAGCAACUCGACGUCAGUACGACAGACUCACUAAAAGUCUCAAACCAGACAUGGACAACUAUAACAGACAGAAGGAUAAGCUUGAAGAAGAUUUCUAUGCUACUGGGAACACACUUGGGUUAAGUCAGCGUAAAGAUUCUGAGGAGGCAGUAGAUAGAAUGGUGAAUGAUCUGGAGAAACAAAUUAAAAAGCGUGAGAAGUAUAGUCGCCGGCGGACAUUUGAUGAAGAUGCUGAUAUUGAUUACAUCAAUGAGCGUAACAUGAAGUUUAACAAGAAGCUCGAGAGAUUCUAUGGAACCUACACGGCUGAAAUUAAACAGAACCUUGAGCGGGGAACAGCAGUCUAAAUUUAUCUAUCAUUUCUAAUAUCAAAACAUCACAGUGUAAACAACAGUUAGAACUUUAUUUAUAGUACCAAACAACAAAUCAGACAUUCUAGCAAAAGUCUGACCAAAUCUAUCCCAAAACGAUGCAAACGAAAGAAAAACAAAUAAUUUUUUUGUUUAUUAAUCCAGAUUAUGUCAUACUGGGUAGUUAAAAUGUUUAUUCUUAGUUAUUUCUAUAUCUGGUUCCAUGAACACCUGUUUAAGUAAUGUGUGUAGGGGAGCCUUGAUUAUCUCUAUAUCUGGUUCCAUUAACACCAGUUUAAGUAAUGAGUGUAAGAGAACCUUGAUUGUCUCUCCGGUUCCAUUAACACCCUGUGUAAGUAUUGUGUGUAGGGGAGCCUUGAUUGUCUCUCCGGUUCCAUUAACACCCUGUGUAAGUAUUGUGUGUAGGGGAGCCUUGAUUGUCUCUCCGGUUCCAUUAACACCCUGUGUAAGUAUUGUGUGUAGGGGAGCCUUGAUUGUCUCUCCGGUUCCAUUAACACCCUGUGUAAGUAAUGUGUGUAGGGGAGCCUUGAUUGUCUCUCCAGUUCCAUUAACACCCUGUGUAAGUAAUGUGUGUAGGGGAGCCUUGAUUGUCACUAUAUCUGGUUUCAUUAACACUGGUUUAAAAGUACUGUUAAUUUGUACACAUAUAAGAGAACCUUGAAUAUAUUUAUUAAAAAUCUAGUUAUAUGAAUUUGAAAGCAAAACAUGGGAUAUUAGUAAUGCCAGUGUAUCUUCUACUGAUUUCAAAGUGGUUUUGUACAUUUAAAGAAUAUCUUAAAUCAGGAAUAUGUUUAAGCUGUGAUGGAAAUGGAUAGAAAAGGGGGGGUAGAUGGAAUGAAAAGAGAAUAGAGAGAGAUUGGGGAUUGUGUCAGAAAAUGGUGUGUGUAGGAAUAUUACAAUUGUGUAUGAUACUUUUGUGUACGACUGAGUUUUUUGGUGAAUGACUUUAAUUAUUGAGUAUAUGCAGUAUUGUUUUACCAGUUUUUUUUAAAUGCUGAACACAAGAAUAUUUCUCCUAAUUAUGAAAAGUAACACUGCAUAUCUUUAAUUGUUAAAAAUAAAACUGAAAUGGAGAUCUUAUCAUCAUGUAAAGCGAGGUUUGUUUGUUCAUCAUUAUACUACUUCGAUGAUUUAAAAUUUCUGAAUAAAACACGAAUUUAAUGGCCA